AUGACAACACAUAAAAGCCAAGGCCAAACACUCGGUAAAAUUAUCGUUGAUCUUGUCAUGCCCCCUGGUCCACUCGAAGUUGCAUCGGUUUACGUUCAAUUAUCUCGUGUAAAGAGACUUGGCGAUUUACUUAUCAUACGUCCAUUUGAAUUCGCAACACUUCAAGUUAAACCAUCAACGGCCCAAAUAGAAGAACUUAAACGCUUAGAUAGAAUAGCACAAAACACUAGGAAACGCUUCCAGUUCAUUAUUUAA